AUGGGCAAAGCAAAAAUGCGCUCUCCACGCUGGGAGGAAGAGAAGCAUAGUUUACGGAUACGCCAUAGUAGAGCAGAAGGGGUCUCAAUGGAUCAGAAGGCCAGAGCCAAAACCAGAGAAAGAAAGCUCUCAAACACUUUGGAGAGCAAAGAAAGGAGAGCCUGGCCCAAACCCCAGUGCCCCUGUAUGAUGCCGCGACGGCACUCGUCCUUCCAGACAGUGGACGCAACGGACUUCAGCGAACAGGUCCCCCGCGGGUCCUCCUCAACUAAGGUAACCUUAGUCAUUAUGCGCAACCUCUGGGCGCAAGUUCUUGAAUUCCGUGGCAUCUACCUGUGUCUGGGUGCUGGCUGGAGCACUACCCAGGUCUGGGCACUGCGCAGAGACUGGGGGGCAGAGAGAAGGGGAACGACAUACAAAUUCUGGAACCUGGAACCGCCCUGGAGCCGUUCUGGCGCAUUGGUCAGUGUCUGGUACACUGGUGCGCGCCCCUCUCCGUGUAUCCGUACCUUUUAUGGCGCUGGGUCUCUUUGUUCCUUGCCCAUUCUUACUCCACAGCCCCGGCAAGCGAAAGGACUGGACAUACACUGGCCAAAGGUAGAGCUGCUGCUGCAGCAGAGAGAGAGAGCGAGAGAGGCAGCUGGCAGCAGAGUAAAGGCGAAGAAAAGCGGCACCACAGUUUGGGCGAGCCCACAGUCAAGGGACGUGAGAUAUCCACAGCCCUCGGUCCAGCCAUGCGCCCCUCCCUAA